AGAGCUGAGCAGCUGUGCGACGGGAGAGCUACAUGUAUAGUCGGCUUGACUGGGAAGCCUUUGUCCUCAAACGCAGCAACAAAAAUAAAUAAACUGGAUUAGCAACAGAAAGAACAUUUCCACGUUAGCAACAUAUCUUUAACCUGAUCUAUGAUCCCUGAGACUUGGAAAGUUAUAAUAAGUUGAACAAGUUGACCACUUGGAAAUGAUGCAUGCACUUCCUACAACCAUGAUGGUCCAUGAUUUAGACAUCUUCAGCUCAUCUCCUUCUCCAAUGGACGCCACCGCCAAAAGGUCUUCAUGGGGGAAACUGGUGCAGAAGUUAACAGACUUCAGUGGAGACGGACAGAGCAGCCGUCACAGUUUAGACUCCGACUCAGACAAUGGCAGCAGGACUGAUCUCUCAGACUCCGGGUUUGACUUUCCCUCUAUCUCCUCAUCUGAUGACUUCGGCAACGUGCUAUACGAUGAUCUCCUCUCAAUGGAGGAGACCCUUCUGAAAGAACUUGUGCACCUAAUUGCCAGUAGCUUAAGGGAAGCCAAAGACGGCGCCCUUAGAUGUUCGAAACUACUCAUCCCUGAGAAGCUUCUGGAACACAUAGGCCAAGAGCUCCUUCACCUGGCAGCCAGCGAGCCCUGUGGCCUGAGGGGGGCUCUCAUAGACCUCUGCGUGGAACAGGGGGAGGUGUGUCAGAGUAUGGAACAGAUCACCGUGGACCCAUAUCUCGUCCCAACCUUCCAGCUCACACUGGUGCUGAGGCUCGAUUCUGGAGGACUGUGGCCCAAAAUCCAAGGGCUUUUCUCCACAAAGUCUCCAUCCAGUCCCGUAAAGAGACAGGCAAUUAGACUGAGCACGGGCUUCAGAGUGAUCAAGAAGAAACUGUACAGCUCUGAAGAGUUGCUCAUUGAAGAAUGCUGAGAGAAACCAAAGAGACGUUCUUUAGAUAUUUUUCUAAUAAACCUCGUUGUACCAAGUGUCCUACCUACAACGCUCAUCAGAGCCCUAGUGAUCAACAUUUGGGAUUCUAGUCAAAUGUAUGAUUUUCUAGGACCUUUUCUUAAUUAAGAUGAAUCGCCGAUUACUUUGCUAUGUUCAUGAUUUGCAGAUUGGCGUUCCUGUGUAGGGGAGCCACAGUAAAUGGUACAUGACAAAUGAAUAAGAACAACUAUUGUGCUUAAGAGAAUGGAGCAGG